AUAAAUGAUAACAAAUAAACAAUCCGAAACAAAACACAAAACCAAGCAAUUCGAAACAAAAUCCAUCAUCAACACCACCGCUACCACCAUCAAUUUCUUCUCAUGGGUGGUUGGCUUUAUUGGUAUUUGGGCAUUUUAAUUCACACACUUCAAUUCUCGUGUUCAGUCAGAACCGUCCAUGGCUUGAUCCCACAAUCCCCAAUCCAAUGCAGCAGUUCAGGCUGCACCCUCCGCAACUCCUACGGCGCGUGGGGCGACCGAAAAGACUGUUCUGCCCUCAACGUGACAUACCCAACAACCGAAGAACAGCUCCGUUCGGCAGUGUCCUACGCCGUCAGAAACAACCUCAAAGUCAAGGUUGUUACCAGAUUCUCCCACACCAUUCCCAAAUUAUCAUGCCCACAUGAAAAUAACAACAACAAUAUUAAUAGCAGCACCGCCACCUUGCUGAUCAGCACGGAGAAGUACGACUCCCGCAUCGAGAUCGACGCUGCCAGCAUGACCGCUACGGUCGAUGCGGGUGUCGGACUUCGCCAAUUGAUCAACGCGGUGGAGGAAGCUGGGUUCAGCUUGGUGGCUGCGCCGUAUUGGGAGGGUGUCACUGUUGCGGGGCUUAUUAGCACUGGUGCACAUGGCAGCUCUUGGUGGGGGAAAGGGGGUUCUGUUCAUGAUCAUGUUGUUGGGGUUAGUGUUGUUGUUCCUGCUUCUAAAUCUGAAGGCUAUGCCAAGAUUUUGAGGCUGGAGGGGCAGGAUCCGAUGCUUAAUGCUGCCAAAGUUUCACUCGGAGUGCUGGGUGCCAUCUCCAAGGUAAAAUUAUCACUUGAGCGUAGGUUCAAAAGAAGCAUAACCUACAAUUUCACAGCAGAAGAUGAUCACAUCGAAGAUGUGUACGUAGACCAUGCAAAAAUGUAUGAAUUUGCUGAUUUAACUUGGUAUCCAUCAAGACACACAGUUGUGUACAGAUAUGACUCCAGGGUUCCCUUAAAUGCCUCCGGUGAUGCAGUUUAUGACUUCAUUGGAUUUCAAGCCAAUUCCAUCUUGGUCUCUGAAUCAGUUAGAGCAGCAGAAAAAUUGCUAGAAAGUACCAGAAAUGCAAAUGGGAAAUGCUUAACGGCAUCUACUACUUUGGGCCUCAAGAAAUUAGUAGGCAAUGGAUUGAAGAACAAUGGCCAAAUCUUCACUGGCUAUCCAGUAGUGGGUUACCAAGGCAAAAUGCAAACUUCAGGUUCAUGCUUAUAUUCAUCAAGAUUUGACACCGCAUGUGCCUGGGAUCCAAGAAUCAAAGGGCUAUUCUUCUACGAGAGCACAGCAAUCUUCCCUGCGUCGAAAUUCGGAGACUUCGCCGGCGAUGUGAGAAAACUUAGAGACCUCAAGCCAGAAAAUUUCUGUGGGGUGGACAACUACAACGGGUUGCUAAUUCGCUUUAUCAAAGCCUCAAGUGCCUAUCUAGGGCAACCUGAAGAUUCUGUGGUUGUUGAUUUCAACUAUUAUCGCGGAAACGAUCCGUCAAACCCUAGGCUAAAUCAAGAUGUGUGGGAAGAAGUUGAGCAAUUGGCAUUCUUCAAGCAUGGGGCUAAGCCACACUGGGCUAAGAAUAGGAACAUAGCAUUCUUAGGGGUGAAUCAGAAGUAUCCCAAGUUUAACAUGUUUAUUGCAGCCAAAAAACAAAUGGAUCCACUCAAUGUGUUCUCUAGUGAAUGGUCAGAUGAGAUACUUUAUGGGCAGGAAUUAUCAGAGAAAGUUGAUGGGUGUGCUUUGGAGGGACUAUGCAUUUGUAGCGAACAUAGACAUUGUAGCCCACAAAAGGGGUAUUAUUGCAGUCAUGGCCUUGUCUACAAGGAAGCCAGGGUAUGUAGAUAUUUACAAUCAUUCAUUUCAUCAACCAUAGUAUGAUGUGUGCCUUUAUAUCAUAUCAUUGUUUUAAAUUAUAGUUGUAGUUACAGUCAAUAUGACUGCAAUUACAGUCAGAAAACUACAAUAAUAUAUCUUUUGAUAAUAUAUCAUAUUACAUGUAGUUUUAUUUUUUGUACUCAGAUCGUAGUCCCCAUCAACCGAUCGGAGAAUAAAUGUCAUUUUGUUAAUGUC